UCAUACGGUGCUCAUACCAAAGGAUAAACUGUAUCCUUCAAAAGUAAACGAUGCAAUAUGAUUGUUGAAAUAAACACAAAAUGGAAACAGAAAGGAAUGUCCUCUGCAAUCAAGAUGGUGAAAAUGGAGGAAAACCUCAUCAUGUUAUCGGAGUCAUGGAAGACGAGAGAGAAUGGUUAGCAUCAAUGGAAGCAAAACUUAAUCAAAAUCCUCAGUUAUUAAGCAAAUCAGCUGGAAAGAAGUCUUGCUGCAUCUUCAGAGUCCCUCAGAGCUUGGUUGAAAUCAACAAGAAGGCUUAUCAACCCCAUAUUGUAUCCAUGGGACCUUAUCACCAUGGCAAAGAGCACCUGAAGAUGAUCCAAGAACACAAAUGGAAAUACCUUGCUGCAAUGCUCAACCGCACAAGAAACCAUGGAGUCGAAUUCAAGGACUUGUAUGCAGCCACAAAAUCAAUGGAGCACCAGAUAAGAGAGUGUUAUUCAGAGACAAUUCAAUUCAGGAGCGGUGAACUUAUCGAAAUGAUGGUUCUUGAUGGAUGUUUUGUUAUUGAGCUUUUCUCCAUAGUCGGGAAGUUGGUACAAGGUGAUCUUGAUGAUCCAAUUUUUACUAUGUCAUGGGUUUUUCCUUUUUUCACUAGGGAUUUUCUCAGGCUUGAGAAUCAAAUUCCUUAUUUUGUUCUUGAAACUUUGUUCGAGCUUACAGUAUUGGGUUCAAUUAACAUUGACAAUCCUCCGACUGUAGCUAAACUUGCCCUGGAAUUUUUCAAUUAUAUGGUGCAAAGAGAUGUUGAAGUCCUGGAGCAAUACCACAAUCUUUCAGCAAAACAUUUGUUAGAUUUAUAUCGUUUGAGCUUUAUCCCUUCGUCCCAAGAAGAAACAAGAGACAUUAGUCCCUUCCUUCAUUUGAUCCCAUCUGCAAAAAGGCUUCAUUUAGCUGGCAUUGAGUUCAAGCCAAGGAAGGCUAGCAGUUUCCUGGACAUUGACUUCAGAAAUGGAGUCCUGGAAAUUCCACCAUUAACAAUAGAUGAUUUCUCCAGCUCUGUUUUCCUCAAUUGUGUUGCUUAUGAACAGUGUUACUGCUACUGCACAAAGCACAUCACAACUUAUGCAACCUUGAUGGGCUGUCUCAUUAACACAGCGGGUGAUGCAGGGUUUUUGAGUGAUCAGAAGAUCAUCGAAAACUACUUCGGGACAGACGAAGAAGUGGCUCGAUUCUUCAGCAAUGUGGGGAAGGAUGUGGCAUUUGACAUUCAGAGAAACUACCUGUCAGAAUUAUUUGAGGGAGUGAAUGAGCAUUACAGGAACCAUUGGCAGGUUGGAUGGGCAAGUUUUAAGCAUACUUAUUUCGACACUCGGUGGUCAUUCAUGUCAGCCCUGGCAGCCCUCAUUCUCCUUUUACUCACUGUGGUUCAGGCUUUUUUCGCCAUCUACGGUUAUGUCCGUCCGGCUAAGUGAUGGACCAAAUUCGAUUCAAUCCCAUAUUCUAUCAGAGACAAAUUCGAAGAUUGAUACUUCCAUUCUCAUCUUUUUUUGUUGUAUAUUUUUGGUUAGAAUAGUUUCUAAGGAGGUUUUUGGAUUUUGUGAUUGGAUUAUAGAAAAACCCCUCUUCUUCACUAGGAAAGGAUUAAACAACUCUCGAAUGAAGUUCAAGGUCAGGUUCCUUUCAGUUGAACAACUUCCUACUAGCAAUGCAUUAUCAGACCACAACCUAUAUAUCUUUAUUAUAUAAAAAUGUAGAGUUACUAUC